CGCGGCCGCCGGGCCGGGCCUGCGCCGCGGUGCCCGCGCCCGCGGGGCUCCGGGCCGGGCCGCCCGCCCUCCCCGCCGCCGUCGCCGUUUCCCCCGAGCCUGCGGGCGGCGCGGAGGCCGAGGAGCGCUCGUUGCAGCACAUGCUGCGCGCAAUAGCCGAGGAGCGCGGCCGCGUCAGCCUGCGCCGCGAGGUCUGCGGCCUCGGGUGCUUCAAGGACGACCGCAUUGUCUUCUGGACCUGGAUGUUCUCCACCUAUUUCAUGGAGAAAUGGGCCCCGCGCCAGGACGACAUGCUCUUCUACGUGCGCCGGAAGCUGGCGUUCGCGGGCAGCGAGGGCGCCCUGGACGGGCGGAAGCUGGUGGAGGCCGAGCCGGAGGUAGAGGUGGAGGUGUACCGGCGGGACUCCAAGAAGCUCCCGGGCCUCGGAGACCCCGACAUCGACUGGGAGGAGAGCGUCUGCCUGAACCUCAUCCUGCAGAAGCUGGACUACAUGGUGACCUGUGCUGUGUGCACGCGGGCCGACGGCGGCGACAUCCACAUCCACAGGAAGAGGUCCCAGCAAGUGUUUGCGUCCCCCAGUAAGCACCCCAUGGACAGCAAAGGGGAGGAAUCCAAGAUCAGCUACCCCAACAUCUUCUUCAUGAUCGACAGCUUCGAGGAGGUGUUCAGUGACAUGACCGUGGGGGAAGGGGAGAUGGUCUGCGUGGAGCUGGUGGCCAGUGACAAGACCAACACGUUCCAGGGGGUCAUCUUCCAGGGCUCCAUCCGCUACGAGGCGCUCAAAAAGGUGUACGACAACCGCGUGAGCGUGGCAGCCCGCAUGGCCCAGAAGAUGUCGUUCGGCUUCUACAAGUACAGCAACAUGGAGUUUGUGCGCAUGAAGGGGCCCCAGGGCAAGGGCCACGCCGAGAUGGCGGUCAGCCGUGUGUCCACUGGCGACACGUCCCCCUGUGGGACGGAAGAGGACUCUAGCCCGGCCUCGCCCAUGCACGAGCGGGUGACCUCCUUCAGCACACCCCCCACCCCCGAGCGGAACAACCGGCCUGCCUUCUUCUCCCCAUCCCUCAAGAGGAAGGGGCCCCGGAACCGGAUCGCGGAGAUGAAGAAGUCUCACUCGGCCAACGACAGCGAGGAGUUCUUCCGGGAGGACGACGGGGGAGCCGACCUGCACAAUGCCACCAACCUGAGGUCUCGCUCCCUGUCGGGCACGGGGCGCUCCCUGGUCGGGUCCUGGCUGAAGCUGAACAGAGCAGACGGGAACUUCCUUCUCUAUGCACACCUAACCUACGUCACUUUGCCGCUGCAUCGGAUUUUAACAGACAUCCUGGAAGUUCGGCAGAAGCCCAUCCUGAUGACCUAGCCGUGUGCGGAGCCCGCGCGGAGCCCCCAGCCCUGCCCAGUCCUGGGAGUGCUGCCAAGUGCCUACCUGCCCACCGCCACUGGGGUCUUCCGGGACCACCCAGCGCCGGAGCCGGAGCCAGGCGGGGCCGCCCGACUCCCGGGGCCAGGGCCGACUCCACGAACACCAGCCCAAACUGAAGUGCCUCUUCCUCGUCCCUGCUGGCCCUGCUCCGGCCCCCGCGCCCGCCCACCCGCCACCCUCAGCCUGUCUCUGGGGGAACCCUCUGCACCCCGAGGAGCAGACUCGCCAGGAGGCCGUAGGAGUGAGGGAGCGGCCGGUGGCCAGCCCGCGGACCCGCCCUCACCUCACGGCAGACAGCAGGGAGACCGCCUGGCUGGAGCCACGCCACGUGUCUAGCGCUCGAGGAGAACCGGUUUAAGAUGUGGUGACCCUGACCGGAUGAGUCAGUCCUUAUCGUCUAUUCUCCCCAGCUUGCCCCGCCGUCGUCUAGAUGGGUUUCCACAGGGAGCACGGCCGUCUGCUGGCUCUGCCCUGGGCUGGGAAUACCUCACCCCGCACCCGGCUCCAGACCGGCCCUUGUCCCGCCAGAAUGGCCUUUGCUUCCAGCCAAAGAGCAUCACCCACAUACACACACCUCCAACCUGGAGACGGCCCGUGUGCACCUCGGCUGGCGUGACCGGCACGAUUGGGGUCCUGAGGGCAGGAAGGGAGGGGUCGUACCGACAGGAGAAGGGUGGGGUCUCCUGCCGGAAGGGUGGAUGGUGCGCCGUGGGGUCGACGGUGCGCCGUGGGGUCGACGUCCUCCCAGGAAGGUUCCAGGCCGAGCCUCUGUCCUCUGGGGCCAGGGCAGGGGCUGGAGCGGCUCGUCUUCCCUGCUUCCCUGGAGCUCGUGUUUCCUUUGACUGGGUGUGCGGGUCCCACCUCUCAGGCCAGUCACUGAGGCAAAGAGGCACUGGCUUUCCGGCUGGUCAGGGCUCCUUCCAGCUCGGACGGAAGGUUUCCACCUGCGGGGAUGCGCCGUGCUCCUCUCAGAACCACGAGCCUCCCUGGGAGCGGAAACACCGCUCCUGCCAUUCCCCACGGGGUGAGCCGUCAGCGGGGUGUCUGCUGCUCUCUGCGCGUCCUCAGGGGUAUCUGAAGGGUCCCUGGGGUGCGGGUGGCGAUCCCCCUGGGGGAGGAGGGGGGAAGGAGGAGGGGCUCGCGCUCCAAGGGUUUGCUUCGAGCUCCGGGAAACAGGGGGACUCCUUUGGGGCUUCUCUAGAUUUUGUAUGCUGUUAUUAAAAGCGAGCUACUGCAUUUCAUUCUGCCUCAGUUUGCCCACCUGUGAAUGGGGCUGAUACCACCUACCUCACUGAAGUCUCCAGGGUUCCAGCGCACGACCAGGUCAGGGUGAGAUGGCCAGUCAUUCCGCAUAGCUCAGCUCAGGUGUCGGGUCAUAGGAAUGCUUUUCUGCCCCCCUGCCCCCGCCCACCCCAACCCCAUCACCUAGGCCAAGACGGGGAGCAGAGGGGUCAGGGCGAACAUUCUCGCCUUCUCUGACAGUGCCCAGCUCACCCACAUUUGGCCGCAUCUCAGCUCCUUGCAUGAUUUGACGAUCUGACGUCCCAAAGCUGCGUCUUCCAGCCCCAGAGCGCUGGAGUAGAGCUUCAGGGAGCCGGGAGCCGGGCCCAGGGUCCUGAGACGGGGGUUGAGUGUUCCUGGGCGCCUCUCCUUCCUGGUCUUCUGGGGUCUGAAGGCUCUCGGCCCCGACCUUGGGAGAAAUGCAGUCCUGACGCAUCUCCCGGGGAAGGAUGAGGUCGUUCAGCACAUGUGCAAGUGCAGGGCCCUCUCCGUUGUCAACGGCGAGGACCCCGAGGAGGGGCCUCCCGCUGGGGCCGGGAGCCAUGCCUCGUGGGGUAACUGAGGGCCAACUGCAGGAAGGUUGUGUGCGUGCUGGAGUUAGCGAUCACACCUCACCCGUAAAGCACAUGAACAGACGCACAGCAUGGUUUGGCCGUUUCAUAUCCAGCGUUGAGAUAGUCCCUGGCAUACGCAGGCACUGUGCUAGACAUGUAGAGACCAUCAUCACCCCCACCUUAGAGAUGAGGAGGCAGCCACAGAGAGGUUAGGGGAACUGCCCGAGACCGAACAGCGAGAGGACCAGCACAGCCCAGGCGCCCGGCCCCCGUGGACGCUGAGCCGCGGCCCCCGCCGCCCCAGGACGGACACAGGAGCCGAGCUUUCUCAGUCUUAAACCCUCCCCAGGGUACUUCUGACACUUGAUCCAAACACGCAUAGAGGCGUUUGGUCACUAGGCAGUAAGCCGUUACUCUGAGUUUUGCUUUUUUCAGGCCCAAAGGACAUCAGUAACAGAGUCACAGAAAGGCCUGUGACAGCUGGAACCGGCCGCCAACGUCCCCGGGCGUCUCGGUGUUGCCACACCUCACUUCCUAUAAGGCCAUCUUUCAUUUUCCAGGAACAUGCCUGACUUACGUAACAUGGAGGCGGCCAGGGCGUGUGGACAUCUCUUAAAUGGGAACUGGAAUUCAAGUCCGGGGUUCCCUUGAAGAAACCUGUAACCUCUAGGCUUUCUAAGGACGUUAUGUCUUGGUCCUGCAGUCAGACCAGGCCGCUGUCUCUGCAUCUCCCAGCACCUGAGGGGUCAGGCAGCGUUUAGUCUCCAUUCCAGUGUCUGACAGAAGGAAUUUUCAGUUGUCUGUGAAAACAACUGAGGCUUCUUACUUCAAACGGAUAUUAUUUAAAACAAAUAUCAUUUAAAACAUUAGGUAACAGAGAAGUUGUCCAAGAGAAGCAAAGUAUUCUAUAGCCAGUCAACUUGGAGAUAGCAUGGGUUUUCUGGUGAGUCAGAGCCUUGCUAACAUUUGGGCUUUUCAAGGACUGUGAGCAAAGCAUCAGAAAUCAACUAGGUUUCUACCAAAGAUGCUAAUGACAGAAAGGCAUGUUCCUGAUGUGAUUUUUUCUCCUCCAAAGACUCUAGCUAGAAUCAAACCAGGAUCUGUUUUUGCUGUUUUAAUCACAUAAACGAGUCAGUAAACAUUUUUGAAGAAUGAUGUGAAAACAUCAUUAUUUUUUUCUGUUAAAUGACAUUCCAGAGGAAGUCCCUAAGUAGUUAGUAUUGUCUAAUGACUGACAUUUGAAAAACAUUUGACAUUAUCACAAUACAGGCACUUUAAAUUGCUGCCCAAAUUUUUAAGAUUUACAGAUAAAACUGUCAACUUUUUAAUACACCUUGGUAACAGGUUCCACUCUGAGAAUUCUGUUCAGUUUUCCAGUGUAGCUGGAAUUUAGUUUCAAAAGCCAAGUGUCUUUUGACAGUACAUGGAUUAUUCCUGUUCAGGCCUUUUCUCUCCUGAGUAUCAGAAAGCAGAGCUGUUUCUCUUUGAAAGGUAUCCGCCCUAGUGGGACAGACUCCAGCAGGGAUGCUAUGCUAGCCCCAGAGCUGGAGUGAAGUGGCUUCCGGGGGCAUCAGCUGUCCUUCGGGCAGGGCUCCUCUCCGGCCAGAGUCCCGCCCCAUCCUCUUGGGAGCUGGGUGCCGGGGGCACCGCGGCUUCUUGCCCUUGUCCUUGCUCACGGGCUGACUGGGCGCUGACGUGGCCCCUGGAUGGAAAGGAGCCCUGCGGCCCUUCCUUCGUCUGAGCCCCGGGGAGAGACAGCCCCGGAGGACCCCUGGGGCACCACGCAGAAGCCAAAUCACUUGAGCACCGAGUGGCCUGGGGCUGGGUUCAGAGUCCACAGCGGGUAGAGCCUCCAAAGUGGAGGCAGCCGGCCUUUUGGAGGCGUUUGUGUUUACAGUUUUCUACCCUACCCGAGGCAGGCGGGCAUCUUUGCGGCUGCGGCUCCAGCCCUGAGCUCAGCAGAUCAAACCCACAGCGAUGCUCCAGCUCCGCUGUGGGUAACCAGUCUCUCGUUUCCCCACUUCCUGAAGGUUGGGUGAUUUAGGUGUAAAUAGUAAUCUUUUAUGGUCUCCAAACGAAUUCUAUGUGUGACGAUAUGUAAACCUGCAAAGAAAAUCCGUGGAGGUUUUUCACGACUUUGAGGCUCAAAUAAAAUGAUUUCUACAAAAUAUAUUUUAGCAGAAACACCAUGACGGCAUAUUUUGACUGUAUUAGGAUCUGUCGGUGGUAUUCGGGAUUAACCAUCUUCCACAUACAAUAGGAAUAAUUUCUAAGCAGUAAUUGUGGUUGGCUGUUAGCUGUGCUUUAUGACUUUGCAUUUCUUCUGAAAGUUGAUUUGCAUGUUGGGUAUUAUUUAUUUCUUCUCUAUUGAAUCUGUACCGUUAUUUUUUUUCUCUAAAGGGUGUUUCGGAUUAAAUAUGGAUACUACUGCAAUGUGUUAACUUACUGAUUGAAUCUUAAUUUUUUCCCCCAGAGAUGUCUUAACCUCUGUAGCUUUCAUACAAGUUACUCUAUUGAAUGACAAGAAGGCAUGCCCUGGCUUUGGCGGGCCUGGGAGUUAGCCGGGAGGUCUGGAGGCCAGCAGGUGGAAUGUGCUCAGAUGCUGUAUUUGCAGAAUGAAAUCAUAGAUAUGCUGCAGGUUCGGCUUUCGGCCCCUAUACAGCAAAAUAUAGUCUUUCAGCUAUACUGUAAAAUUCCCCAAGCUUUUGCUAGAGAACUUCUUAAAAGGCCCUCAGAGAAGUGGGAAAAAGACUGGAAUAAAAGUCAGGAGUCUCAAGUUCAAAUGCUGGCAGGUUCCCAACAAGCUACUGGUCUUACGGAAGAUGGUUUUUGGCUCUGUUGCCUCCUAGCCUGUAGCUGUCAGGUCGACACUGAGAACGUUCACAGCCCCCGCAGGCCAACUCCGCCAGCAGGGUCUGCAGAAGGAAACCGCUCAGGUGGUGGGCUGUUUCCAUGGGUAGGUGAUCUUCGAUGUCAUCAGGUGAUGGGCAGAAGGUCCAAGACACCACAGAAAGUUACAACAAAAGGUGGGGUGUGGGGGGGGGGGGGGGUCGGGAGGAACACAUACAAUCAGGAAAUGGGAUCAUCAC